AUGGCGGAGGAAGAAGGUGAUGUGGAUGAGGACGACGUGUUCCUGGCGUUUGCCCGGCGUCCCUGCCCUCCCAGGGGUCUCCUGCGUCAGGCCUUAGACAAGGCCUUCUUUAUCUUCCUGGUCCUCAUCCUGACGCUACUGACACUGGAGGCUGUUCUUAAGCUGCUGUGGCUGCUACCAUGGGCAAGAUUUGGGGACUGGCUCCUGAGAACACCUCAGAAGGAGGAGGAGCUGGAAUUGUGA